UCCUCUGCAUGCGCCUGCUGCUGACCUGGCCUGACAAUAAACACCGCAAAUAAAUCUUCGGCGCCAGCAGCUCGGCGCCUUGGUUCCCCUCUACCACCCCCACUACCCUCGCAUCCACCACCUGUGCAAACACCGCAGCAAUGUCUACCGAACCCACCAAGCUCGUGACGCCCGAGGCCUCAGAAGGGCGCCUGCUGCUCGUCUCGAACCGUCUGCCCAUCACCAUCAAGCGCUCCGAUGAGGGCAAGUACGACAUGUCCAUGUCCUCGGGCGGCCUGGUCAGUGGCUUGAGCGGACUUUCAAAGACGACAACCUUCCAGUGGUAUGGCUGGCCUGGGCUCGAGGUGCCCGAGGACGAGAUCAAGGGCCUGAUCGACCAGCUCAAGGACAAGUACAACGCGGUGCCCGUCAUGCUCGACGACGAGCUUGCAGACCGACACUACAACGGCUUCUCAAACGAGAUUAUGUGGCCGCUCUUCCACUACCACCCUGGUGAGAUCACCUUCGACGAGUCGGCCUGGGACGCAUACACCGAAGCCAACCGUCUGUUUGCAAAGGCUGUUGCAAAGGACGUACAAGACAAUGACAUGGUCUGGGUGCACGACUACCACCUGAUGCUCAUGCCGUCUAUGCUGCGAGAAGAGCUUGGCAACUCGAAAAAGAAUGUCAAGAUUGGCUUCUUCUUGCACACGCCCUUCCCUAGCUCCGAGAUCUACCGAAUCCUGCCCGUCCGUAACGAGAUUCUGCUCGGUGUCCUCCACUGCGAUCUCAUUGGAUUCCACACGUACGACUAUGCGCGCCAUUUCCUGAGCAGUUGCUCUCGAAUCCUUGGUCUGGCUACGACACCAAACGGCGUUGAGUUCCAAGGCAAAGUCGUAACUGUCGGCGCGUUCCCCAUCGGUAUCGACCCCGAAAAGUUCGACGAGGGUCUCCAGAAACCCAAGGUGCAGGAGAGGAUAGCGGCCCUGGAGAAGAAGUUCCAGGGCGUCAAGCUCAUUGUUGGAGUCGACCGUCUCGACUACAUCAAGGGUGUACCGCAGAAGCUGCACGCCCUCGAGGUCUUCCUCACAGAGCACCCCGAGUGGAUCGGCAAGGUUGUGCUUGUCCAAGUCGCCGUUCCUUCACGGCAAGACGUCGAAGAGUACCAGAACCUUCGCGCUGUUGUCAAUGAGCUCGUUGGUCGCAUCAACGGAAAGUUCGGCACGAUUGAAUUCAUGCCGAUUCACUUCAUGCACAAGUCUGUCUCGUUUGACGAACUCAUUGCACUCUACGCAGUCUCAGACGUCUGUCUUGUUUCCUCGACGCGCGAUGGUAUGAACUUGGUAUCUUACGAGUACAUUGCGACGCAAGAGAAGAGGCACGGUGUCAUGAUUCUCUCCGAAUUCACUGGUGCCGCGCAGAGUCUGAACGGCAGUCUGAUUGUCAACCCCUGGAACACCGAGGAGCUGGCAGAUGCCAUCCACGACGCAGUCACAAUGGGUGACGAGCAGCGUAGCCUGAACUACCAGAAACUCUCAAAAUAUGUCCGAAAAUACACUAGUGCUUGGUGGGGUGAGUCCUUCGUCACGGAGCUUAGAAGGAUCUCGGAGGCUCCAGACCGCCAAGUACACUUUGCCAAUGUCAGUGUCGCGGGACCUGACGACUCGGCAAAGACUGCUGAAGAAUAGACUUCUGAGCAUUUGGCGCGCUCAGUAGCCGACAUCGAAGACAAAGAGUCAGACCCCGCUGCCGCCGUCAAUGCCCAAUAAGGGCUUGCACGGGACGCCUUAAUGCAGCUUAUGCUUUUACGAUGAAUGCAAUGUCAUAUGACGGAAGUUCGGCGUGACGGAUCGCGCUUGGAUUAGACAGUGGCUAUGGGUUCUGUCCUUACAGUACCCCCAAUUCCUAGAUCCUUGUUACCUAGAUGCUGCAGUGAAUAAUGACUACAGCGAUGAAUUUAUACCCUUCCC